AUGUCAAAAUCUAACACAGAGUUAAAAUCUAACACAGAUAUAAAAUCUGACACAGAUUCAAAAUCUAACACAGAUACUACAUAUAUUAUUGUUGCACCGAAUGAUGGAAGUAAAAAACAACUUUUUGUGAGUUCUUCGAGUGUUAAAAAGCACGACUCAAUAAUUAAUGGAAUGUCUAUCUUUGUAAUUACUAUUCUUGUAUUUGAAACAUUCAUCUUUUGUACUAUCGCUUGUAUUUUAUUUAUUCGUGAAGCAGGUGUAAAGGAAUAUAAAAUAGUAAAUAAUAUGAACCUUCAGGAAAUUGUUAUCGCUACACCAGUGACUAUGAACAAUGAAAAUAAAAAUCUCAAUGAGCAAUUGACAUCAAAUUAUUCUACUGCAAAUGUUUUCUUUUCUAUAAUUAAUUCUCCUUCACAAAUUGUAUCUAAGCUUGGAGCUAAUAAUGGUGAUGGGAGAUGUAGUGGG